AUGGUGAGGCAAGCCGACAAGGCAAGAAGACCAUCCAAUGUGGAGGUGGGAGAUUGGGUGUAUCUAAAGAUCAGACCCCACCGACAGACGUCGAUGUCUUCCACACUGCAUUCUAAACUAGCCGCUCGGUAUUUUGGACCUUUCCUGGUCAUACAACAGAUAGGAGAAGUGGCAUUUAAGUUGCAACUACCCGAAGCCGCGCGGAUACAUCCAGUAUUCCAUGUGUCGCAAUUAAAGAAGGCCGUGGGGGAGAACAGUGUGGAGAAAGAGUUACCCAUAGACUUAGAGAUGGAGGGACCGUCUCCCUGGCCGAUCAGAGUUCUGGAUAAAAGUGUUCUUAAUAUUCUGACCGUUGUUCAUGAAUUUUCCACCAGUCCAGAUGGAAAACUUCUUGUGUUUUUAUCUGCAAGAAGUGCUGUGGACUCUGGAGUGCAUAAUGCUACAAAUUCACUUCACAGAAUUGAUUGGCUAACUAAUGGAAAACCUUUCCAAUCUUCCAAAAUUGACGACAUGAUUCCUGUUGUGAUGUGCGCUGAAGACGGUUGCUUCCCUGGGCUUUAUUGUACCAUUAUUCAUAGUAAUCCUUGGUUAUCUGACAAUUGCACAAUGAUUAUAUCAUCCAUCUGGCACAGCAGUGAAGUUCUGCUCUCAGUGAAUGUGCUGAGUGGGGAGAUAGUACAUAGCCCUGUAGAUCCAAAUUUCUCGUGGAAUCUUCUUACGCUGGAUGGGAACAAUAUUGUUGCCAUUUCCAGUAGUCCGGUUGAUUUUGCUCAAAUAAGGUAUGGAAAGGCCAUUAAGAAGGAGACAAACAAUACUACAUGGAGUUGGUCAAAUAUAUCCAGUCCAAUAUUCAGAUGCUCUGACAAGGUUAGAUCUUUGCUGUCCUCUCUCCAGUCUGGUAUACUGAGGAUCUCAGUUAAGGAUGCUCAUGCUGGUCAAACAAAAGGUGCUACAAAACCUUUUGAAGCUAUAUUUGUGUCUUCUAAAACCAAUACCAAGAUUGAAUUUGAUCCGUUAAUUGUGAUCCUUCAUGGAGGGCCCCAAGACGUCUCUUUGUCAUACUUUUCUAUCUACAGUUGGAUACAGCUUGCUGAUUGUAAAUUACAGGAUGUCAAUGAUGUUCUCUCUGCCAUAGAUCAUGUCAUCAACUUGGGUCUUGCCAGCCCAUCUAAGAUUACAGUAAUGGGCAUUUCACAUGGUGGUUUUCUGACAACUCAGUUGAUUGGCCAGGCACCAGACAAGUUUGUAGCAGCGGCUGCAAUCAAUCCUGUUUGUAACCUUGCACUAAUGAUUGGAACAACAGAUAUCCCUGAUUGGUGCUAUGUAGAAGCUUGUGGAACCACUGCCAGAAAUUGCUUUACUGAACCACCUUCCGCAGAUGAUUUGACUCUCCUUUAUAACAAGUCUCCCAUUUCACACGUCUCAAAGGUACUUAAAUAAUGAUGAUGAUACAAAGGACGAUACUCCUGGAACUCCAAUAAAUCACCAUCAUGAUCUUUAUCUUCUUCAACUGAUCCAAUAUCUUUAAUGUAAGAGAAUGUUUUAUCUUCUGGGAAAGCAUCAAAAUCAAAACUAAUAACACCCUUUUCAAAGCGAACAGAUAGGUUUUCAGUGAAAUUUAGCAUCAACACUCUCCCUAGUGUAGAGAAUGGGAAGCAGGAACCUCAUCACGAGUAUACCGAGAAUGAUGAAGAUGAUGUUGUCAGAAGAGUUCCACAACGUGAAAGGUGUUCAUUGGUCAGUCAUGGAUCAGGACUCAAACCGUGAUGUAAAUUCAUGUAUGAUAGAAUGGAGGAUAGGAGGAGCAUUUUUGCUGUUGGCAUGAUUUGUUGUGAUGCCGAAGGACGAUUAAAUGAGAAGUCAGUCAUUCUGCAGAGCAGUAUUGAGCAUUCUGGAGGGGAAUGUGUUCGCCUUGACUUGCAACGUUUAAACCAUUAUUCAAUUUUUCCUGGCCAGAUUAUUGCCGCUGGUCCCUUUACUACGACAGACAAUUUAUUGUUUGAGCCUCUUACAGAACUGCUGCAAUAUGCAAAACGAAGACCACCACAGUUGCUUGUAUUGCUGGGACCAUUUGUGGAU